AAAGCACCCAACUCCCCCCAAAUCGACCGUUGCCUCUCCAAUAUUCAAAUUACAAAAAAAAGAAAAAAAAAGAACUCCCAAGAACAAGAACACAAACGCUGUCAUCUUCUUGUCUCCGCCCUCUCACUUCUCAACCCGAAAUGGAUCUGGAUCCGAGAAAACCAAAGCUCAAUGUGCCCGCAAGCAUGGCGACCUCCCUCCGCCUCGAUCCGAACCCAACCCAUUUCCCGAUCCUCCCCAAAACCCCGUCCCCAUCCAAAACCACGUACAGCGAUCGCUUCAUCCCUUGCCGGUCCUCUUCUCGCCUCCAAAACUUCGCCCUCGUCGACAGUCCAUCUCCGGUGAAGGAAGGAGGAGGGAAUGAGCUUUAUUCGAGGUUGCUUCGGGCUGAGUUGUUCGGACCAGAGCCUGGGCCUGGAUCUCCUAUUAGCCCGAACAGGAACUUGUUUCGGUACAAGAUGGAGCAUAGCUCGGGGCCCACUUCACCGAUGUCGGUGUUGGGUAAGGAUGGCGUCGGGUCGGGUUUGGGGGAGGGGUCGGUGAGGCAGAAGGCGCCGAGGAAGAUUGCCAAGACUGCUCAUAAGGUUUUGGAUGCUCCAUCUCUUCAGGAUGAUUUUUAUCUGAACCUUGUGGAUUGGUCGUCGCAAAAUACGCUGGCUGUUGGGUUGGGGACUUGUGUUUAUCUAUGGAACGCAUCCACUAGCAAGGUGACAAAGCUUUGUGAUUUGGGGGGUAGAGAUGGUGUUUGUUCUGUGCAAUGGACAAGAGAGGGCUCGUAUCUAGCAAUUGGGACCAGUCUUGGAGAUAUCCAGAUUUGGGAUGGCACAAAAUGCAAAAGAAUUCGAACAAUGGGAGGUCAUCCUACAAGAACUGGGGUCUUGGCAUGGAGUUCUUGCAUAUUAGCAUCUGGAAGUAGAGAUAAGAACAUCCUUCAACAUGACAUACGUAUUUCAAACGAUUUCAUUCGCAAACUUGCUGGCCACAGGUCUGAGGUUUGUGGGUUGAAAUGGUCACAUGAUGAUAGAGAACUUGCCUCUGGAGGAAAUGAUAACCAGCUCUUAGUUUGGAACCAGCAUUCUCAGCAUCCAAUAUUAAAAUUCACUGAGCAUACAGCCGCUGUAAAAGCUAUUGCUUGGUCCCCUCAUCAGCACGGUCUCCUUGCAUCGGGAGGGGGAACUGCUGAUCGCUGCCUUAGAUUCUGGAACACAGCUAAUAAUAAUAUGUUGAAAUGUGUGGAUACUGGAAGUCAGGUGUGUAACUUAGCAUGGUCUAAAAAUGUGAAUGAGAUUGUUAGCACUCAUGGGUAUUCUCAGAAUCAAAUUAUGGUUUGGAAGUAUCCAUCCAUGAGCAAGAUCGCAACUCUAACCGGUCACACCCUACGUGUAUUAUAUCUUGCCCUUUCUCCUGAUGGACAGACUAUAGUGACUGGAGCUGGCGAUGAAACACUUAGAUUUUGGAACAUCUUCCCUUCAAUUAAAUCACAGACACCGGUACGUGAUUCUGGCUUUUGGUCCAUGGGAAGAACACAGAUCAGGUGAUGGAUGGAACGAUGAUCAUUCCGUCGUGCAUAAUUAAUUUAGAACUGCAACAAGUUCUUCCAGGGAUUAAUUUUGUCAAUAGUCUAACAAUAAAUUAGCAUAAAUUAUUUGUACGCACUUCAAAUGUUAUUUAACUGCAGUGUGUCCUUUUGACCAAUUCUUGUGCUUCUCUCUGAAGAGUGGACGACUUUUUUCUGUUACAUAUUUAUUAUUGUAUUAUUGUCUGAGUGAUUUUGUCAAGUGUUGAAUUCAUGAUGCAUCUUCUAUUCGCU